UUUGAAUUAACUGUUUAUGCUCAAUAAGUGAACAAGUUAAUUCCUUUUAGUUAAUUAGCUCUUAAUUGUUUCGAAAUUUAUUUCUCUUGUUUAAUCAAUUAUUCGUGCCUCCAUUUAAGGGGAGAAACCAUUUCAACAUGAGAAAAAAACUGCAAAUGGAUUAAUAAUUGAAAAGAAUAAUUUUAAUUCUAUAGAUGAAUUGGUAACCCUUUUUCUUAAUCUUCUUUUUUUCCUCAACAUAUUUGGGUUUCUCUCUCUCUCUGAUUUUGUUGAUCAUCAUUGGUAAUAUCGAGAACCACUCCCAGAUCUUUCUCUGUCUCUCUCCCCUUUUAAAUAUUGUUCAUUUUAAAUAAUUAGUGAGAUUUUAAAUUUCCAAUACUAAUUAUGGAGGUUUCUGAAGAAUCUGUGACAGUUAAUGAACCGGCUUCUAAUCCGAAUAAUUGUGGUAAACGUUUUUAUCAUUUCUCUGGUUGUACUGAGUAUCGAGCUGCAUUUAAUUGGCCUCCUGGAUCACAACAAUCAACGACAAUUAGUCAACAAAUAGUUAAUAGCGGACCUUCGUCUUCAACAACCGUUACAACAACAUCAUCAAUCAAUUUAGACAAAGGAGUUAAGUCUCAAACAAUUGCUGAUUUUAGUGAGAUAAGUGCAACUUCAGCAACCAACAAUCAACAACAAUAUCAACCAGCUAAAUCAUCAACUAAUCAACCUCUUUCAUUGGCCCCUGGAGCUGCAGGUUUACCAAGUCAUUUAAGCGGCGGAGUGGGUUAUGGAUUAGGAGGAGGUGAUAAAAUUAAAGAUCGACCUCAAGUAUUAUUUACUCGAGCAACUCCAUCACCACCGGUAGUUGAUUCUAAACCUGGAAAACCGAAUACCAAAACUGAAUAUAAGAAAAAAUUUAAACCAUUUUCCACUUAUGUUUACAUUCCCGGAAGUGGGUGGAAAAAAUCAAAACAAACUACCAAAGAUCCCGACGCAGUUGGAUUUUCCAGUGAAACUGGAAGAUCAACUAGCGAAGGUGCAUUGGAGUGGUACGGUGAAGUUGUCGAAAGAGCUAAGAAAGCUUGUGAAUUUCGUUCACGAUCUCAAUUUGGUCAUCCAGUUGUCGGUGUUGAUCAUUUGGAAUCAAUUUACAAGGAAACCAACCUCUGGAAUCAGCCCAAAGAUCGUUCAAUAGCGGCUCUUGCCCUGGCCACUAGUAAUCAUCUUCGAGUAUCAACUCGAUCAUCUAAAGGUAAUUCACGCGAUUCAUCUCGUGAUUCAUCAAAGGCCGCUUCUGAUCGGGUUACAAGUAACCAUGCAAACGCAAUCAUUUCACCCUCUAAGGAGACUCAAGCAAUUAAGAAACAAUUUGCUGAUAAGCCAAAACCCGCUGCUAAAUCUGCUGUUGCUUCACGAUCUAAAUCAACUUCAGAUAAUAAAGGUAAAUCUUCAACGGAUAAGAAACGAUCUGGGGGAUUGACCACUACAACUACUGGAGCCAAAUCGACCUCAGUUGAUUCUGAGGGUGGGAAAAUUUGGCUAAAACCAAAGAAAGAGGAUAAAAAAGCAUCACCACCAUCAUCGGAAUCUGUGGUUACCAAAGGUGCGGAAAAUGGUGAAAGCGGUGCGAAAGAUUCACUCGCCGGGAUAGAUGAUAAAUUGAGCGAUGGUAAAGGCGGUGGUGGUGAUGGUGAGACACCCGCGACUACUGGUGCUUCCAGUUUAGUUACUUCGGGCUCAUUGACUCCCAUGCUCUCUCCUCGUGAGAAAGAGGGAGGUAAAGAUGAACUUGAAACGGGUACAAAUGCGAUCAGGUCACCAAAUACCUCUGAUGAUCAAACUCGAUCACCUCGACCUAAUUCAUUAGUCAGUUCAAUUACCACGACCAACGGUGGUAGUGGCCUUUCCUCGCCUCCAGGUAUCAUUUCUGAUGGUCCAGUUAAAACCACUGAGAUUAAAUCGCCAGAGGAAGUGACCGGUGUUAAAUCACCUUCACCUGAACUAUGGAGGGUCGCAAUCGACACCGGUGCUGAUAUUAACUGGACAGAGGCGAAACCAGCCUCAGGCAAUUUAGUUGAUAACAAAGAUUUGGGUGAUAAUGAUUUCUCAAUUGAAUCAAAUGCCAACAAUUUAGCUAAACAAUUAGAUGAGACGAUUAACAAACAACCAGAGACUCAAGAGAAACCAGAAAACGUUAAUACAUCAGCUUCGGAAGCCAAUGAAGACAUGUAUGGACCUUUAUCAAUUUAAAUUGUUACCAAAGAUGUUAACAAUUGGAUCACUUAAUUACCAUUUUAAAUGAUGACAAUUAAUCCCUAUGACUUAAACUAAUUUUAACAAUCAAUCAACAAUUGAGGAUAUUGUAAAGCAACUUGGAUUAAUACAAUGAUUGAUUUAAAGCAAUCAAAUUAAUCGCUGAAAUAUAAUAGUCAAUCUUGAUGAUUUAAUCCUCUAAUUGCAUGAAUAUUUUAUCAUGAUUAACAUUCAAUUUGCUUUCAUAUUCAUCUUAAGCUUUAAAUGACCCAUUCACUAACAAUUAUUAAACUGAAUUAAAACUGAUUGUGAAAAUAAAGCCCAAAGUGAUUGGAAACCAAAUGAGAAUCUGAUUUUAAACAAAAAAAGGAAAAGCCUUAAAUUAACUGUCAACAAUUAACUCGUCUAAUUGUUUAAUGGAAAGUGAAAUCAUGAUAAAAAUCAACUAAUUGUCCUACUAAACCUGCUUGCUAAAUGAAACACUCAAAACUAUUAACUAAACAUGAUUAAAUAUUUAAUUUCCUUCCAAUUGUUAAUUCAAUCUCCAUCAAAUUGUUACCAUUAAUUGAGAUGGUAAAUUUGUGAUAAUUUAUCUUAAUGUGUAAUCAAGUUGAUUUGAUUGUUAAAAUUUCAUUCCAUUCACAUAAUAUAAAAGAAAACCACAA